GUAUCUUUUUCAGUUCCCCACCCUUCAUUUCUCACAUCAAUCAAUAAUAUCCUCUCCAUCAAUUUUAUUUUUAUUUUUAUUUUUUUCUUGUAAAUUAUAUUAUAUAUUUUUUUCCUCCUCUGUGAAGCUAGCUUUUACUGGCUGGUACAAACACAACACAUCUUUUUUGUCUCACUGAAUAAUUUAUUGUUCUUUCUCUCUCACCAGUUUCUCUUUCUAACAUAUCACAAUAUUACUUACACAUCAUACACAUACCUCAUGCAUCCACAGUACUCUCUUCUCUUCUCUUCUUCUUUGGAAAACUCAAUCAACUCUUUUUUUUAAUGCUGCUCUGCUCAACAACAGAUUCUCAAGAAUGGAGGACUGCUAGAGGAGGAGUACACUAUUAAUAAGCUUCUUCCUUGUCACUGAGCUGGUCAUCUGUCUGUUCCACAACAUUUAUCACUUGAGCUGGUUGGUGGUGCUGCUGAAUUGAUGAUGAUGGAGGAUAAAAACACCAACAGAAGAAUUUAAUGAGCUUGUUUGGAGAGGAAUAUAAUAAAACUAGUACUGCAACACCAACAAGAGCAUUUACUACUACUAGAAAUACAACACAACAGUGUUUGUUACUUCAAUUCAAUGGAGAAAUUCCAAGGACCCACCAGCAACCACCACUGUGCUUUUGGAGGAAAUGUGGAUGAAGGGGUUUUGCAACAAUGCCAUGGAAAUACUAGUUUCAAUUUCAGUUAUGGAGCACCAUAUUUCAAUUUAGAGGAAGAAAGCUUCACAGUUCAGGAGGAACAGCAGCAGCAAGAGGAAUCCAACACAAAUCAACAGUCGUCUCUUUCACUUUCUGUCCCAAUUACAAGCUUAGAAGACAAAAUGCCGUUUCUGGAGAUGUUAAAGAGUGUGGAUUCACCUUAUUAUUCAGACCCAUCACCAGCACCACUAAACCCCCACUUCAAGAUGCUACUCACAUUGCAACAGCAACAUCAACAUCAACAGGAUACACAGAUUCCUCAUUUUAGUGGUAGCAGCAGUAGUAGUGACCAGUCCUCGAUGGAUUACUACUAUUCUCAUAAAUUGGAAGCAUCCCAGCCAGUGGCAUUUCAACCUCAAAGCUGUGUCACCGCCACCAAAGUGGAAACUCAAGCACAUUCCUCUAUCAAAUCGGAAGAUAACAAGGAGAAUGGAGAGCAAGAGCACAUGGAGCAGCUAGAACAAGAUCAUGCCCAGGACUACUACUACUUGUCUUUGCAUCUUGAGAGUGCUAAUAAUGAGAAUAACAAGACUGAUAAUGGAGAAUUAGGCGGAGAACCCCCAAGUCAUUCUUCACCGGAGUCUUUGAAGACUGUCUCAUCCCCCACCACCACGUGCUGCUUGGCUGAAACUGAGAGCUGCAUAAGCCCACAUGGUAUGCCGCCAUCAAACACAAAAUCGGCCAGUAAACAAGCAUUGCCAGCUGCCCGACUAGUCACUAGCAGUACUACUACCACCACUGGUGGUGGUGGUGGACAUGAGCGUGAGAAGAAAAAGAGAAAGCGAACGAGGCCCAACAAAAAUAGAGAAGAAGUGGAAAGCCAAAGAAUGACUCACAUUGCUGUGGAACGCAACAGGAGAAGACAAAUGAAUGAUCACCUCAACGCCCUCCGUUCCCUCAUGCCUUCCUCUUUCGUUCAAAGGGGGGACCAAGCUUCAAUCAUAGGAGGUGCCAUAGAUUUUGUGAAAGAACUGGAGCAAUUGUUACAUUCUCUCGAGGCUAAGAAGAGAACGAGAACUUCUUCAGAGGAUGAGGAUGACAGUGAAAAGGUUAGUAUCAAAGGAUAUAAGGGGAGCAGGAGGAACAGAAACUGCGGUAAUCAUUCCUCAUUGGCUCCAUUUCUUGGGUUCUUCUCGGCGCCCCAGUACACCUCUUACUCAUCAUCCUUGUUUCUUAAAAAUGAUACCGAGGAAGAAGAUGAGGAGGAGGAUGUGAUUAAUGAGGAUGAAUUGAGGAUGACGAGCUCUAAUAACAUCAACCACACUAGCAGCAAUGAGCACGAGUACUACUCUUUGUCAUUGUUAUCGCCAUCAUCUUGGUUGGGAGUGGACAUUGAAGUUGUAGUGGUUCAAACACAUGUGAACCUGAAAAUUUUGGGACCAAGAAAGUCAGGGCAAUUGGUGAGAGUCAUUGCUGCAUUAGAACAAGAUCUUAGACUUACCAUCUUACACCUUAAUGUCACUUCUUUCGAACAAUCGGUUCUCUACUCUUUCAAUCUCAAGAUAGAAGAUGAUUGUAAGCUUGGAGGUUCAGCGGAUGAGAUUGCAACUGCAGUUUACCAAAUUUUUAGCAGUACCAACAACCAGUUACAUCUGAUUAGCUAAUUGACUAUAUGUUAUUAUUACUGGUUAACUCCCUGCAAAGACAUGACUUGCUGCCAGGCUUUAGGAAAAAAUGGAGCACAUUAACAGCCACUGCUUACCGAUGUUUUCGUAGGACUGCUGCUAACCAGGUGAAAGAGCAGGGGAGAAGAUGGUGGAAGCUGAGCACUGCUGAUACCCAUGUAGGGGAUGAUGAUAGGACGAUUUUUUUCUUUUUCAUUUCUGAGUGUAGAAAAACAACCCAGGAAAAAAGUUGUGAUGCUGCUGCUGCAGGAAAGGCAAAUGUGGAGCUGUAGCCUGUAGGUUGCAGGCAGCAGGACCACCACCAGCACUGACCCUGAAAAUCUUGUGACCUGAGAUUCUACUUCCACAACACAAGUCACAAAAAGGAUGCCCACUCUGUUAAAGUAGUCAGUGUUGUUGACCUUAUUUUCUUAAAGGUCUGGUCGUCACUCAUCUGUAAAUGAUGAUCUUUUUUAUCUCUUUUUCUU